AUGGAGAACUUCCGUAAGGUGCGCUCGGAGGAGGCGCCGGCGGGGGACGGGGAUGAGGGUGGCAGCCCAAGCUCGGGCCCUUUCGCAGAUCUGGCGCCUGGUGCUGUACACAUGCGGGUCAAAGAGGGCAGCAAGAUCCGCAACCUACUGGCCUUCGCCACCGCCAGCAUGGCGCAGCCAGCCACGCGCGCCAUCGUCUUCAGCGGCUGCGGCCGGGCCACCACCAAAACCGUCACGUGCGCCGAGAUCCUCAAGCGCCGCCUGGCGGGCUUACACCAGGUCACGCGGCUGCGCUACCGGAGCGUACGCGAGGUGUGGCAGAGCCUCCCGCCUGGGCCCACGCGGGGUCAGACGCCUGACGAUCCGGCCGCCAGUCUCAGUGUACUUAAGAAUGUGCCGAGCCUGGCCAUCCUACUUUCCAAGGACGCACUGGAUCCACUACAACUUGGCUACCAGCCUCCGAACCUCAACCCAGGUCCUUCGUCCCCACCUACGGUGUCGACGUCCAAGAGGAGCCUGGGGGAGUCUGCUGCUGGAGAAAGCACCGCUAAGCGGUCUCAGCCUGAGCCGGGGGCUGAGAAUGAGGACCCGACUGCCUGAGAACUCCCGGCUCUGAGCCACCGAGACCGACUGGAUCUUAUAUUCCUCAACACUCCUACAUCCACACGCACCUUUCAUACCUGGGUUCUAAGGGGUCCGUGUUCCUAGAAGAUUGACAGCACUGAUCCUAAGGCAACCGGAAAUGGAGCUCAGGAAUGGCAAGAGGAUCCCUAAAGUUCGAGAAAACUUUGUGGGCGAGUUACCAGAAGCCACAGAACUCCACCCCCACUUUUUGUAGGCCAUACUAGGAUCUUUUUCAAGGGAAGUAUGGUGGAUAGAGACUCUUGAGCCUUCUUGGGGACCUAGGCUUUUAAAGCACCCAGUUUGCAUGAAGACUGAGGGUUGAGGAUCUUGAAAUCAUCCUUGCUGUUGAUUUGAGGGCAGAAGCUGUGAAGCAGAUUCCUUGAGGGUGGCCAAGCUGAAAAUGUUGGGACCCUAUUCUAACCACCCCACCCCACCCCGGCAAUUCCCCUUUUUAGCUUUCCUUCUUCUUAGCAUCCCCCCUUUUUUG